AUGACUUCAGAAAAGCAAGAUGUGGUUUCUCCGAACCCGGUGGACAUCGAAGUAGGAUCCGAAUUGAAAAUACAAGAUGAGACCGGCGACCUGGCCGCAAAGGCGCUGGCGAUCGGCGGCGUCGUAGACGAGGAGCUGUCCCGCCAAGUUCGGCGGAAAAUCGACAUGCGAAUAUUGCCGUUCCUGUGCAUCACCUACGCCCUGCAGUUCAUCGACAAGACGUCCUUGGGCUACUCGUCUGUCUACGGGAUUAUCCCCGACAACAGGCUGAAGGGCCAGGAAUAUUCGUGGGCUAGCUCCAUCUUCUACUUCGGAUACCUUUUCGCUGAAUACCCCGGCAUCGCAAUCUUGCAGCGGUUUCCCGUCGCUAGGUUUCUCGGGGUCAAUGUGAUACUAUGGGGUGCGAUACUAAUGACCACGGCCGCCUGCUCUUCCUUUGCCGGCCUUGCUACCGUACGCUUCAUCUUGGGUGUCGUAGAGGCAACUAUUUCGCCCGGAUUUGUAGCCGUCACCGGGAUAUGGUGGACUAGGCAGGAACAGGCGAGUCGCUCGGCUCUUUGGAUCUCGUUCCUUGGUGUUGGCAGUUUUGUCGGAACCCUGCUGGCGUUCGGGAUCGGUCAUAUUCAGGGCGCCCUGUCUACUUGGAAGUACAUCUACCUAAUUCUGGGAUGCAUAACUAUCGUAUGGGGAGUUGCUUUCACGCUCUGGGUGCCAGACGGCCCAGCAAGCGUCAAGUGGCUCGACGAGAACGAAAAAGUCAUCGCCGUGCAACGCGUGAUCGGGAAUAAGACGGGUACCAAGUCCCGCCGCUUCGUCAAGGCGCAAGUCGUGGAAGCCGUGACGGACCCCAAGAUCAUCGUCCUGGGCCUGAUCUCCUUCGUCAACGCGAUCGCGUCGGGCGGGCUCUCGUUCGGCUCGCUGAUCAUCCAGGGCUUUGGCUUCACCCCGAUCCAGACCACGUUGCUGAACCUGCCCCUGUCCACCGUCCAGGUCGUGGCGCAGCUUGGCUCGGGAUUCGCGGCCUCGAGAAUCAGUGGCUCCCGCUUGCACAUCGGAUCGCUGGCUAUGAUACCUCCGAUCGUGGGGACGGUGUUGAUCAACCAACUCCAACCAGCCAAUCGAUGGGGCCGGCUCGUCGGGGUCUGGCUUUUGGGCUCGUACCCCGUAGGCUUCAUGGUGCUCCUCGGCCUCCUCUCGACCAACAUCGCCGGCAGCACCAAGCGCUCCGUCGCCUCCGGCUGGGUCUUCAUCUGCUACUGCGUCGGGCAGAUCGCCGGCCCCCAGUUCUUCCGCAGCAGCGAGGCCCCCGCCUACCACAGCGGCAUCGUCGCCAUGCUGUGCGGCUUCAUCCUGAACCUCGCCCUCAACCAGGUCCUGCGCCUCCUCUACGUCCUCGAGAACAAGAAGCGCGAUGGCGCCCUCGAGGGGAAGUCCGAGGACGAGAUCGCCGAGAUGAAGAGGCUCAGCGAUGUCCAGGGGUUCGAGGAUGUCACGGAUAGGGAUAAUCUCAUGUUUCGUUAUACAUUGUGA